AGAGGCAGGCAGCAUAAAAUCACACGUUAUGGAAUUAGAAAGAACUGAGCCUUUGUGGUUUAACUUUGGACAUGACUUUUGGAAGAUUUAAAGUAUUCAUGCAGCUGAACCCAAUUAAGUAUGAGAUAAUGCUUGUUGUAUUGAGUAAUAAAUAUCAUACACAAAACUUCAUCUUUGAGAUCAUUCAUAACACAUUACAAAGUGGAAAAUAAGUGCUUAUUUUUCCAGCAAUGGAAACCUAAUAAUUAGAAUUUGUUUGCAGCUAAAUGUUAAUUGUGGAAAUGAAUAAUUAAUGGAGCUUAAUUAUUUUGAAUCCCCAUUUCCCUUUGAGCAGUAUAUUUGUUGUCAUCUGGUUCUAGACGUAUGUAUGUUUUGAGAGUUACUAACCUGCGUGGAUAUGAGAUAGAAUCAAGGCCCAGUUGGGGAAUGAAAACAAUCGCGGGAUCAAGAAAUCAGAGUUGUUUUUGAGCAUUUGGGACUUUAUUAUGGCUAUAUUACUGCCAGGAGAGAAACUACUUGGGGAAAAACAAAGUAGUAUAGAUGGGAUGGGAUGCUACUUGUAGCUUUCAACUGCUUUUCCAAAUACAAAAACUAUAUCUGUAAUUGAUACAUUUUUUUCCUGCAAUUUGCUGCAGAGCUCCACAGGGAUUUUCGCUUCUCUGCAAACUCAUUCUUCUGCAGAUAUGAAAAUUUUACUAGAAGAUUUCAGACGCAUGGAGAAGUCAGUAGGCCAAAUGUUGAAUCUCCAGAGGAACGUGAAAAUUGCUGCUCAAAGGAUGAUGCAGGUGAAACGAAUCGUGUCUCAAGUUCAAUGAAUGACGAGAUCACUGCUAAACAUAGUGUGAAAUCUAACUUGAAGGUAUCUGAAAGGCACGAUCUUGCCAUGAUUUUUACGUGCAAAGUUUGUGAUACCAGAUCUGUGAAGACAAUUUGUCGUGAAUCGUAUGAUAAAGGUGUGGUGGUGGCUAGAUGUGAUGGAUGUAAUAAUUUGCACCUGAUCGCUGAUCGAUUGGGGUGGUUUGGAAAACCUGGUAGUGUUGAGGAGUUUUUGGCUGCUCGUGGUGAGGAAGUAAAGAAAGGAUCAGUUGAUACUUUAAAUCUAACUCUUGAGGAUCUUGCGGGGAAGAAGAAUCUUGAAUUUUAAGAAGUUUGAAUCUUGAAAAUGUAGCAGUUCACACUAUCGUUUUAUAUUUGAGUCCUGUCUUGUUAUACUGGAAGAGAUGCAUGUAAUCUCAUCCUAGGAAUGAUAAUAUAAUAUUUUCAUUGGACUUCUGUUGUUUUUAUUGGUUUAACAAAAGUGUGUUGCAACAGGUAAAUAAACAUUGUGCACUCA